AUGGUUGAUUCUACUUUGGUGGACAACCACAUGGAAGACUCUGUGAUACUUGAAGCAGUUGGUUUUCAAAAUUCAAUGCAAGCGGCGACGCUGCCUAUAUCCCUCUCUCUCUUGGGUGUCGGCUCGGCGACGAAACACCAAAACCCAAUUCCAGUAAGAACCAGUCCUGAUCUGGAGCUCAAAAGAACUAGGGUCCCAAAGCCAUCACUUCAGACCAGCAACUUUGCAGACCGUCGAGCUCGAAAAUGGAGGAGGGUGCUGGGCCAGAGGGGGUGA